UCCCACAAUGCACCCUAAGCUAUCAGGCUCCUUCUUCCGGGUUUGAUUUUUUUUUGUUUGUUUGUUUCUUUUAUAAAUCUUUAUGAAGAAAUACAAUGCCGUACAAAGCUUCCGGGUUUGAAUAGUCCACCUCCACGUGAGAGAUAUCUGGCUGUAGGGAUGUCGACAAACCCGGUAAUGUUGAAUGGAGACGAGGACGAAGAGUUCAGCGCCUUUGUGGCAAUCCACGCUGGGGCCCUGCAGUCUGCAGGAAUACCCCAAAUCUACUGGAGGAGCCUUCAUCAUAAAAUCACCAACGAGAUUUAUGAUGCUGGGGAAGUUUUCGGAAUCAUGCACUUCAAACAGGCAGAUGAAGAGGACGAGGGAAACGCAGAGAAAGAAGAGGAGGAGGAGGAGGAGAUGAAAAAGCACAAUCCUGGAGCAGUGAUCAGCCGGAAAGUUUUGGUGACCCGGGAGAGUGGGCUGCAAGCCUCAGAAUCAACCAGUGUUUUCCUGGUGGAUCACGCCUGGACUUGCCGCGUGGAAAAUGCCCGUCAGGCCCUAAAUGAGCUACCAGGCCUGCUGCCUAGAAUGGCUGCACUCAUGGGGUUUGACUUCCAUGGUGAGGCCCCUGACCCAGACACGGUGGAGCUCCUGAUGGAGUGCAUGUGGAAGUACAACCAGACUUACUGUCUUGCCCAGGGGUCUGCGGAGGAGAAGGUUCCAGUGUGGUAUGUCAUGGAUGAGUUUGGCUCCCAGGUGCAGCACUCUGACCAGCCCAGCUGUGGCAUGGCCCCCUUUUUCCACAUCCAGGGCCAGCUGCCUUACUCUGUCCUCUGGCCCCUGCACGACCUGCAGGAAGGAGAUGAAGUAACCCGAGAUUACGCGUAUGGCGAGACGGACCCCCUGGUUAGGAGAUGCCGUCUGUUACCAUGGAUACCUGCUGAUCUAGAAGAGGUCAGUAGUGUCACUACUGAGCCCCCGGACUCAUACUACGAGAACAUUGCGCAGGAGAACAAGGAGCAGCUUCCUGUAGAAAUCCAAGCCACUACUGUGCCCGAGGACAAAAUCCUAAAGGUUUACUCCGAAAUGUCCCAAGUCACAAACAACCUGAAGCAUCCACGGUUCCAGUUAACAGAGAGUAAGCAGGAGGCUGAUAUCAUGUGGAUGUACAAUCACAUCAAAGACUACAGGAAGCUGAGCGAGGAGCGACCUCAUGUGAUGCUAAACCAGUUUCCCUGUGAGAACCUCAUCACUGUGAAGGACUGCCUGGCCGCUGUGGCCCGCAGAGUGAAUGGCGGACAGUCACCUGAUUGGCUCCCAGAAACCUUCAACCUCCACACAGAGCUUCCACAGUUCAUUAAGCAUUAUCAGCUGAAGCAACAAAGGGGAGAAGACAACACCUGGAUCUGUAAGCCCUGGAACUUGGCCCGAGGACUCGACACACACAUCACCAACAACCUGGACUACUUAAUCAGGCAACGAGAGAGUACACCAAAGGUGGUGUGUAAAUACAUUGAAGAUCCGGUGCUGUUCCAGAGAGAGGAUGCGGGAACAGUGAAGUUUGACAUUCGCUACAUGCUGAUGUUGCGAUCUGUACAGCCUCUGCGUCUCUACGCAUACAAUGUCUUCUGGUUGCGCUUUGCCAAUAGACCUUUCUCCUUGGACCAUUUUGACGAUUACCAAAAGCACUUCACCGUCAUGAACUAUGCAAAGGGUGUGAAGCUUAAGCAGGUGCACUGCAAUGAGUUCAUUCCCAUGUUUGAGGAGCAGUACCCACUGUAUCCGUGGAAGGAUGUGGAAGCGGAGCUGUUUAAAGUAUUCAAGGAGCUCUUCCAGGCAGCCUCAUCUCGACCAGCACCUUAUGGUAUCUGUCCCUACCCAUCAUCAAGGGCAAUCUAUGCCGUGGACCUCAUGCUGAAGUGGAGUACAAGGCAAAACGGUGAGCGGUUCAUGCAGCCUCAGAUCCUGGAGUUGAACUUCAGCCCCGACUGUGCCCGGGCCUGCCUCUACCACCCCUCCUUCUAUGAUCACAUGUUCCAGACGCUGUUUCUGGACCAACCCGAGCACUGCCCGGUCACACAGAUCGCAUGAUCAACUCAACAAAAUCUGUGUGUGUGUGUGUGUGUGUGCGCAGUUCUACUUUUAUAUAAAGGGGCAUCCAUGUAUUUAUGUCUAUGUUUGUCCUUCUCCUUUGACUGGCUCAUGUGUUUACUUGUCCUGUUCCAGUUCUUGAUAUAUCCACUUGCCUUCUUUCAUUUAGAUGAAAUGGUUAAAAAGUUGUUGUCAAGAAUGCAUGUACUGGGAAUCCAGUGAUAAAAUCCAAAACACCACUGCACAUAAAGGAGAAGCAAUAAAGAACAUUGUUGGAUAAACUGGAAUUCUUUAUUAACAGGCUCUGGGACAAAUCAUUGUUGGUGCUGUGACGCUAAGCAGACAAUAACGCUCCGUCCCCUUCUGCUUAAGUUUUAUUUUUGUACUGUAUGCUUAACUCGCAUAACCUGGAACAUCUUGACUGCCAGUCCUCUAACAAGAGCUUAUUCAAUAAAAAUAAUAAAACAGAGG